AUGGAGAUCACGAAAGAGAUUCUCGAUCUUUCAAGGCAAAGAUAUGAGUGCAUCCAGACCGAAACUCCUCAGUCGCUGCCCUUGAACAGCCGCGAAGAGAACACAAAGGAACAGAUGCUUUUCCAACUUGGCUAUAUCACUUACCAAUUCCUGUUCCUGGAGGUCAGUAUACAUGCUCUUUGUGUGCGAUCUCAAAUCGAUUCAACGAGCAAGUUUGAACGCUACACGAAGAUCAGCAAAGCGAUCAACUCAAUUCGAGAGCAAUCAUCAGAGUACUCUGAGUCCCACCCAUUGGAUAUCGAUACUCUUCGCAACCUCUCGGCAAACGAGUUCGAGGCUACCAUUGCCCUGGAACGUUGGAGCGCCAUCGUUACGAUCAUCCGAGCCAGCCAGAGCUUCUUCGACGCAGCUCUGUUUGAUCAUUUCAUGAACUGCAUUCUUACCUUCGGAAUGGCAGAUGCGUACAGGGCGGUAUCCAUACAUACAAUGGUGGAAAUCACCCGCAGAGCUGGUCCAGGAAUUCCAAUCCCUUUCGACAACCUCCCCUUCUAUUAUCAUCAGCUUUUCACAUUUGCCCUUACCGCUGCAAAGUCCGACGACUCUGUCCGUCUUCAGGAUCUAUCCUUACACUGGCCCGACGCGUACUACGGCAUGGCCGAGUCCGUCAUCGACGAGGUACUCACCAAAGACGCCGAGAGAUCUUCGCCAUCAGGGUCCGCACAGUACUUUUAUCCAGUUGAAGAGCUGGGGUAUCUCGCCACAUGCUCGUUCAACCAAGCCAUGGACUUUUACUCGGCGGAGAAUGAUCAAGCUUGUCUGCGGUGGGCUCAGAAAGCUAUUCUGCUCGCGGAAGCGAUAGGUACCCUUGAAAGUGAGGAGUUGGUUUGCCUCUUCCAGACGCGUUUGAAGGGAUUAUUCUGA